AUGGCUACCCCUAGUGUCCUCGCUUUUGACGCUGAGGGUCGGGCCAUUGACUUUGACGUCUGGAUAGAUGACCUGCAGCUUUUCUUACAGUGCGACAGAGCAGACGGCCUCUCCCUCUUUGACCUCACUUCUGGUGCCUCUACUGCCCCCGCUGCUGAUGCUGACGCCACUGUUCGCUCACAGUGGGCCACGCGCGAUGCUGCUGCACGUCUUGCUGUGCGCCGCCACCUACCUACCUCUGAGCGUGCGCACUUUAGCCAGUACAAGAGUGCUCAGACCUUGUACGACGCUGUAGUUGCACGCUACUCCUCCCCUGCCACUGCUGCACUGAGCCGCCUCAUGCUACCGUACCUCUUCCCUGACCUUGCUGCCUUUCCCACAGUUGCUGACCUCAUUACGCACCUCCGCACUAGUGACACUCGCUACCGCGCUGCGCUUCCUGCUGAGUUCUGCGCCAAGAACCCCCCCCCCAUGUACAUCACCCUCUACUACAUAGUCACCCGUCUCCCUGACUCCCUUCGCGUAGUCAGGGACCACUUCCUCUCGGUUUGUCCCACCACUCUCACCGUUGACCUCCUCGAGAAGGCCCUCCUAGCAGCAGAAAAGAGCAUAGUCGCUGUAGGAGCCUCUCGUGGUGACCCUCGCACCCCCAUCUUUGAGGGGUGUUCCCCCUCCCCUCUUUUGCCCUCUGUUGCCUCUGCUGCUGCGGCCGACCUCGCUGGUUUGGAGUCGGUUGGGGCAGCGUCUACCCCUAGCGGGAGACGCCGCCCUGGCAGGGGCAAGGGGGGCAGGGGCGCUGGAGGAGCUAGCGGGGGCGGUGGAGGCGGCGGUGGAGGCGGUGGAGGAGGUGGGGGUGGCGGUGGGGGUGGUGGCGGGGGUGGAGGUGUAGGUGGCGGCAGUGGAGGCGCAGGCGGCAGCGGCGGUGGCGGAGGGAGCGGAGGUGGCGGCGGUGGAGGAGGAGGCGGCGGAGGAGGUGGAGCUGGUCGGGGUGGCGCUGCGCAGAGGGUCAGCUCCGGUGGUGGUCAACGCCAGCAGCAGCAGCAGCAGCAGCAGCAGCAGCAGCAGCGCACUCGUGACGUCCCCUCCCCUCAGCAGCUCCGGCGGGGGUAG